UCUACCAUGAAUUAAAACGCGUGGCAGUUGCUGUGAAGAUGAACUGAAAUGAAACUCUACGCCACGUUGUUAUGAUUCGCUUGGGGGACACACAUUUCACUUUCUCUAGUUCUGAAUCUCAAUUCACACCGGUUAAUGUAUAAAAAGCAGCCUGCCAAUCGUUCUGAGACAUCAGAUUGAAUCUACUGUUUUGUCAGGUUACGUCUUGUAAAGAGCUUCCAUCUUAAAAUGACUUCAAAGUUGAUCAUCUUCACCACUUUAAUCGCACUUGCAAGUGCUGCAUCCCGUCGAUACGGUCAUGAGUCAUCGUCUGCGCAAUCAGUUCAAGGUUGGGAACAGCAGCGGGAAGAAGUUGAUGACUCCCAGCACGCGGAACCUAACUACUCGUAUAGCUAUGUUGUUCGGGACGACAAAAGUGGUGAUCGGAAAAGUCAACACGAAAGCCGACAAGGAGAUCAAGUGCGCGGCCAGUACAGAAUGAUGGAGUCCGAUGGGACGGAGCGUAUCGUGGACUACAGCGCUGACGAUCGCAACGGUUUCAAUGCAGUAGUUCGUCACCAGCCGGAACAGCACCAACAUCCAGUGCCGAUACUUGUGGCGGUACAUGCGGUACCAAUUCAGGCUGAUGUUGCUGCUGUCGGAAGUGCGGACCAGAUUGUGAGCAACGAUCGUCAGCAACGCCAAGAAGCAACUUCCCAGAUGCAUCUUGUGCAGUAUUAUGCCCCACAAUCAUGGAUGAUUUCGAACCAUGUUCGACAUAAUUGAUUAACAAACUUGGUUUGGACUCGCAGGUUUUGACAUGGACACGAUAUGAAAACUGUGUAAAUAAAUAGAGCAAGAUGUUCAGUGAUA